UCGGUUCAUAAGCCUACCAAAAUUGAUCAUUUUGUAUGGAAAAAGUAGCAAAUGUGUUGUCUAAUACUGUACAUAGAGUGCAAUAGAUUUCCAUGAACGAAUAUUACCACCUGAUUGGUAAAUCAGCUACGCGCGGUAUGACGUCUGAUUGGCGCGCGGUGUAACCAUAUAGCAUCCAUAAAGUAAACGAGGCUUGAAAAUUCAUGCGCACAUGUAAGAUGUUUAACAUGUGCUUGCCAAAACUCGCUUCUCUCCAAGAUGCAUCAUCGUUUACUUCAAUCAUCUCUGCUUACCGUUUGUGAUCCUCGAGAUCACAUCAAUCAGUUAGACGUCCAGUGUUCUUAUUGUUUUCGUCCAAGGUAGAUCAACCAAUGGAAAAUCGGUUCGAGGGUAAUGGCAAAUCACGUCGGAUCAGCACAUUGACCGGAUCGUGGCUGGACAAUAGUGUAGCCGUACAGCAGAGCCGUAGAAUGGGAACCUAUAAAGGAGACGACGACGAAGAACAAGACGAAGUGUUAACGAAACGUGGCUCCUGGACGGGGAGGUUCGAUUUCUUGCUGUCGCUGUUGGGAUACUCGGUUGGGCUGGGCAAUGUUUGGCGAUUCCCGUACUUGUGCUACAACAAUGGAGGAGGUGCCUUCUUGAUUCCGUUCACCAUCAUGCUGGUAAUUGCCGGCCUCCCGUUGAUGUUCAUGGAACUAUCGAUAGCACAGUACGCGGGUCUAGGACCGGCCGUAUUGUUCCGAAGAUUUUCACCGCUGUUCCAGGGCGUGGGCAUAGGGAUGGUCCUCAUUGCUGGAACCGUCAUGCUGUACUACAAUGUCAUCCUGGCGUGGACCUUGUUCUACGCAGUGGCCUCAUUUGAGGAACCACUGCCAUGGAAGGGGUGCGAUCAUCCUUGGACCAGUAACAACUGCUAUUCGUACGAGGAAGAAAACGCGUGUGUUAGCAACAAUGGAACGUACUAUUUGAGGAAAUGCCAUGCCAAUGCGAACUUGAUCGCGAACCUCACCAAAGUUCCUAAAAAGCCUCCAGCGGAGGAUUUCUUCAAAAAUUACUUGUUACGACUUUCCCCGGGAAUUGAGACAACCGGCAAUAUUAGCGUAACUCUAGCGCUUUCCCUACUGGGAGCAUGGUUGAUCGUAUUCCUAUGCUUGUGUCGAGGAGUGAAGUCCUCUGGUAAGGUCGUCUACUUUACGGCCUUAUUCCCCUACGUAGUGUUAGUGAUGUUAUUUGUUCGAGGAAUUACGCUGCCGGGGUCAUACAACGGAAUCAUGUACUAUUUGGAGCCAGAUUGGGACAAACUGAAGAGUGCACAGAUUUGGGGCGAUGCUGCUGUGCAGAUAUUCUUCGCCCUGAGUCCAGCCUGGGGAGGCCUGUUGACCCUGGCGUCCUACAAUAAGUUCUCGAACAAUUGCUAUCGAGAUGCAAUCAUCGUUGCAAUCUCCAAUAUACUGACGUCAUUCUUUGCUGGAUUUGUGAUAUUUUCUAUCCUGGGAUUCUUGGCCCAUGAACUGGACACCGAGGUGGAAAGCGUGAUAGAUCAGGGAGCCGGAUUGGCAUUUGUCGUGUUCCCAGAAAUGGUGACCAAGCUGCAGAUGCCCAUGUUUUGGUCGGUGCUGUUCUUCUUUAUGCUGCUUACGCUGGGCCUUGAUUCACAGUUUACCCUAAUGGAAACGGUAGUAACGGGUAUUUUAGACACAUUCCCUAAGCUGAGACAGUGGAAGAUACGGGUCGUUUUUGGAGUUGCCGUCGCUGGAUAUGUUGGAGGAUUGGUGUUCAUCACGAAUAGCGGUAUGUAUUGGUUCCAGCUGGUUGACAAAUAUGCCGCUAAUUGGUCGGUGCUGCUAAUCGCCAUCAUCGAAUGUGUGCUAAUCGCGUGGAUCUACGGCUCGGAACGGUUCAUCGGCAACAUUGAAGAAAUGAUCGGAAAACGAUCUCUGUGCUUCCACUACUUCUGGACGAUUGCUUGGAAAUUUGUUACUCCCAUCACGUUGUUGUUUAUCCUAUGCUUUAACUGGAUUCAGUACAAGCCCGUUUCGUAUGGAAAGUACGUCUACCCGGAUUGGGCGGAUAUUGUUGGUUGGAUAAUUGGACUUUUACCUAUGAUGGUGAUAGUUGUAACGGCUUUAUACAAGAUUGUUGCAGAUACAUCGCUUCAAUCCACCGUUCAGAUCAUAAGAAAACUUCUGAAGCCAACAGCCGAGUGGAAACCGUCAAGAUCACCGCUUUACCGCUUUGAGUACGAUGACAAUGGCAUUGAGAUAUGAUAAUAUUUCUUAUAGACGAUCAAAUAAAGAUAAAUUCCAAGUAAACUGAGCUCAA